AUGGACGAAAUCAAGCUUGAGCUUGGCCGAGUUUGUGUGGAACAGAGUGUAAACAGGGUGCAAUGGCAAUACAGCCUCGGAGGUGGAUCACGGUUCGAGGAAUUCUAUACGCUUCCGCCCGGAUUCUCUGUUGAGAACUUCGAUGCGAAUUCAAUUCAGCUCGACGACGCAACACCGGCAAGAAUGGAACCUUGUCCACCAGAAACCGGAUGGAUUGUUCGCGAUGCAGAACUGCUGUACAUUCCAUCACCGUGCAUUUCUCGUCUGUCCUUCUCUGCAAAACUUGUUCGGCCAGGAUUCGUCGAGUUCUCCUACCGUAUGCCGAAGAACAAUCGAGCGCUCUCUCUACAUGUUGAUGUUCGGAACCAGCAAUGUCAAAGUUACAGGUGA